UUCAGCUCGAGGCCUUGUCUUGAGUUCUCUAGCUCGUCCACAGGCCUGGCCAGCUAGCUAGCUAGCACUGACACUGACCGAGACCCUGCAGCUAGCAGCUGAUCGAUCCAUCCAUGGCCAUGGGCUGCUGCUACGGUGAUUUCUUCGACAAGGCCAAGCCUUACCUCGCCAUGAUCUCCCUGCAGUUCGGCUAUGCCGGCAUGAACGUCAUCACCAAGGUCUCCCUCAACCACGGCAUGAGCCACUACGUGCUCGUCGUCUACCGCCACGCCUUUGCCACCGUCUCUAUUGCACCGUUUGCUCUCAUCCUUGAGAGGAAGGUGAGGCCCAACAUGACGUGGUCCGUCUUCCUCCAGAUCUUCGUGUUGGCACUGCUCGGGCCUGUGAUAGACCAGAACUUCUACUACGCCGGCCUCAAGUUCACCGGGCCGACCUUCGCGUGCGCCAUGAGCAACAUCCUUCCUGCCAUGACCUUCGUCAUGGCCGUGAUUUUCAGGAUGGAGAAGGUGGACCUGAAGAAGGUGCGGUGCCAGGCGAAGGUGGCCGGGACGCUGGUGACCGUGGCCGGCGCGAUGAUGAUGACGCUGUACAAGGGCCCGCUGAUGAAGAUGGCGUGGACCAGCAGCGGCCACGCGCACGGCGGCGGCGGCGGCGCCGAGGCGGCCGUCAUCGACCCCAGCGGCAGGGAGUGGUUCCUGGGCUCGCUCUUCGUCAUCGUCGCCACCCUCGCCUGGGCCUCGCUCUUCAUCCUCCAGGCGCACACCCUGAAGCAGUACGCGGCGCCGCUCUCCCUCACCACCCUCAUCUGCUUCGUCGGCACCCUACAGGCCAUCGUCGUCACCUUCGCCAUGGAGCACCGCCCCUCCGUCUGGACCAUCGGCUUCGACAUGAACCUCCUCGCCGCCGCAUACGCCGGCAUUGUCACGUCGAGCAUAGCGUACUACGUGCAAGGCCUGGUGAUCCAGAAGACCGGGCCCGUGUUCGCGUCGGCGUUCAGCCCGCUGAUGAUGAUCAUCGUGGCCGUCAUGGGCUCCUUCAUCCUCGCCGAGAAGAUAUUCCUCGGCGGCGUCCUCGGCGCCGUCCUCAUCGUCAUCGGGCUCUACUCGGUGCUCUGGGGCAAGCACAAGGAGACGCAGGACAAGGAGGACGAUGAGACGACAGAGCUGCCCGUCGUGGCAAUAAUGGCAUCCAAAACCAAUGGAGUCGUCUACGACGACGACGAUGACGUCGUCUUCGUCAAGGAGAUCGCCGCCGCCGGCGCUGGCGCUGUUGGAGGAGAUGACUCGGAGUGCAGGAAGGCGACUGGGGUGGUGAAGUCAUCCUCCCGUGGACACGGAGCUGCUGGUGCAGUUUGAUGGAACAUGCAUGGAAGAGGCGGUGUCCAACUGCUAACUUCCUUUCCUUGCAUUGCCAUGUGUGUCCCCUAGUAUCUACUGACGUUGCAUGCAUCACAGGGUCGGGUGAUUGAGAGAGGCAGCUGCGAUGCAGAGUGGAAGGACUGGAAUAAUUUUGUUCUGUGCCCUUUUGAAUUUUGCUACCUUUUUGUACCGUAAGAUGUAUCUACUAGUAUAUUUAACUUGUAUUUUCUUAUGCUUUAAUUUCUGUGGAGAAAAAAGUGAUGUUCCGGGACUUAAGCGAAGGACAUAUAUAUAUGUAUGUAUCACAUCGGCUUUUGCCAUGUAAUAUAUUAUUGCUUUUCU